GUGUGUUCGUUCGCCCCGAUCCUGCUGCUGGCAGCCGCGAGCGCCGCAAUACACACAAGCGCGCGCGACCAAAAAAUUCCAAACCAGCCUCGCGAGCGAUUUUCGCGUCCGCGAUCGCAUCCGCAUCGCGUCUUACAAGAGUUCCGCAAGGCGGUGAAACUGCGUGUGAAGUCGCAGGAAGCCGUGGCGGCGCGCGGGGUGGCAGUGAAAACGAGUGCAGUGUGUCGGGCGCCAGCGAUCGACCACCGACAAUCACACCACCAAAAUUAAGUGUUCCUGGUGGAAGAAAACUCUAUUCUGGGGUAUCUAUCAAGUGGAAGGUGGAAAAUCAGCAGAAAGAAGAGUUUUCCAGUGUUAAUUACGAGUUUUAUCCUUGAAAUGAUUACCAAAAGUUUUAGACUCUAGUAACAAUUGCGUGGCGGGACGAGCAAGAAGCGCGGAUUGAUUGCUGCGCAAUGUAUUCGUACUGGAUGAGCGGCAUCCAGGCGUCCGUAUCGUCGAAGCUGCGCUCGUCGUUUUGACAUGUGAGCGAGCGAUUGUCCUGAGAGAGAGCGGCUCGAUCGAGGGACGAUCCACUAGCGCGCCUCAUCGGCGACGACGAAACCACCACCGCCGCCACCAGCAGGAGGCGGCCGCAUAGCGACGACGCCCUGCCGCCGUCGCCGCCGUCGUCGACGCCGCACGCCACCACCACGGCGGCCGCAGCGACAGGCGCGCGGCGCACCUCCGCCGCCGCCGUCAUCAUGCAAGCGAAGGAAACUGCCGGCAACGUCGCCGAAAUGCAUCAGUACGUCGGCCCGUAUCGUCUUGAGAAGACUCUCGGCAAAGGCCAAACAGGCCUAGUCAAAUUGGGUGUCAACUGCGUGACGGGCAAGAAAGUCGCCAUCAAGAUCAUCAACCGCGAGAAGUUGAGCGAGAGCGUGCUGAUGAAGGUGGAACGCGAGAUCGCCAUCAUGAAAUUGAUCGACCAUCCGCACGUGCUGGGACUUUCGGAUGUUUACGAAAACAAAAAGUAUCUCUACCUUGUGUUGGAGCAUGUUUCCGGUGGCGAGCUGUUUGAUUAUCUGGUUAAAAAAGGAAGACUUACACCGAAAGAAGCGCGGAGGUUCUUUAGGCAAAUUAUUUCCGCGUUGGAUUUUUGUCAUAGUCAUUCUAUUUGUCAUCGUGAUUUAAAACCGGAAAAUUUACUCCUGGACGAGAAGAAUAACAUCAAAGUUGCUGAUUUUGGCAUGGCGUCAUUACAACCGCAAGGAUCUAUGUUGGAAACGUCAUGUGGGUCACCGCAUUAUGCCUGUCCUGAAGUUAUACGGGGUGAAAAAUACGAUGGACGUAGAGCUGACGUAUGGUCUUGUGGUGUGAUUUUGUACGCUUUGUUAGUGGGUGCACUACCUUUCGACGACGAUAACCUACGACAAUUGCUGGAGAAGGUGAAACGCGGUGUUUUCCACAUACCGCACUUUGUUCCGCCGGAUUGUCAAAGUCUCCUACGGGGAAUGAUUGAAGUGAACCCGGAAAAACGUCUAAAUUUGUCUGAAAUCAACAAACACCCUUGGGUGACAGCUGGGGGUAAAGGUGAGCUGGAAUUAGAACUGCCAAUGAUGGAGGUGGUGCAAACCCACGUCCUGCCGAGUAUUGAAGCGGUGGAUCCUGAUGUUCUACAAGCGAUUUGUAGCCUUGGGUGUUUCAAGGAACGCGAGAAAUUGAUUCAACACUUGUUAAGUCCAAGUCACAACACAGAGAAGGUUAUCUACUUCCUGCUACUAGAUAGAAAGCGUAGACGACCAGCGCAAGAAGACGAAUCCGAAUCAAUCGUGCGUUUGAGGGUUGACAGCGCAGACCCGCCACGAAAACGAAUUGAUACUUGUAGAGUAAAUGGAUCAUCAAGUUUACAAUUUGGACAGAUCAGCGAAGGCAGUCCCCUGACACCCAGAAGAUCACAAUAUAAACGUCAUCAUGCUCGUCGUAGUCCAUCAACAGGCAGCACACACAGCAGUCUGAGCAUCCACUCGCCGACGCGCAGCAACUCGGGCGCGUCCAGUCCCGUCCACUUUAACAGCACCACCCCCAACCGUACGCCGCCUCCAUCGCGCUCACGCACCCGCCACCAUUCUAACAAUAACGUUUGCGCAGGAAUCUCGUCAGCGGCGGGCGGGCAGCGCUCGCAGUCGCAUCAUCGCACCGCGGCGGUUACAGUCACGCCACCGCCGCCAUCACCAGCAGCGCCAACGCAUCACCGCGCAAACAGCAGCGGCGGUAGUGCAGGCGGUGCAUUUUUACUCGCCUCGCCGGAACAGGACGCCGUUGCGCCUGCGAUGACACCGCCAGGCUCACCGCAUUCAAGCGCUGGUGGAGGCGGUGGUGGCGGUGGAGCUACCGGUCAUCAUUGGCGCUCACGCUUAACUACGAUCAAGAAUAGCUUCCUGGGAUCGCCACGUUUCCAUCGGCGGAAAAUGCAAGCGUCUUCGGAGGAGAUGCAUCUCACGCCGGAGUCAUCACCUGAACUCACGAAGAAGUCUUGGUUUGGGUCGUUGAUGACCACUGAGAAGGACGAAACGUUUACUAUACUCGUCAAAGGCAAACCGCUUGCCACCGUUAAAGCAGAUCUUAUUCAUGCGUUUCUAUCAAUAGCCGAAUUGAGUCAUAGCGUAUCCAGCCCGAUGUCUUUCCGCGUGGAAUACAAACGGGGCACGACUGGACCCGCAAUGUUUCAGCGUCAUGUGCGAUUCCAAGUUGAUAUUUCCACGAUUACUAAACAAUCGACAGAUAAUGCCAAAGAACACUUGUUUGCCAUUACUUUCACGCUAUUAUCCGGUAAUAUUCGGCGUUUCCGGAGAGUAUGUGAACAUAUUCAAGCGCAGGUCUGCACGCGUCGACCUCCGCCCUCACCGAGAGCUCAAAGAAAAUUCGGCGCGGAGAUUUCAGAGUCAUCUAGCUGCGGAUCGGACUCUAGUGAAUUAUAUUUAAACACAAGACAACAGCUCAAAGUAUUGCAACUCGAAAGCUCCGACCUUGAAUCCGAAUGUUCUGUAUUCGACGUCCGCACAGCAGUGCGCGAAGCAGGCCGCCGUGCCUCAACAAACAACAACACCGAAAGCAUGGAACAAAUUCCCGGCACGCCGAAAGCAGUGCGCAGCAGCAGCGAGAACACGGAAAACACGUGCGAAAAAGCGUGCAUCACCACAAUGUCGGGCAGUUCGAUUACUUAAGCCACACUCAAGUAUCACACACUAUGAGUUACGAGUAUAUAAAGUUCAACACCAAAAGCGUAUAACGUUAAUCUUAGGAAAAUCAAGGAAAAUAAAGUGCAAUGUAUGUAAGCGUAAAAGUAAGUGUAAACAAAACUUGGGGAAUUGUUGCAAUCGGAAUGUUACACACGCCAAAGAUACCACCGACAAAACACAAAACACGAAUACCAAAGAUUAUUAUAAUUAUAAUUAAAUCAAAGGGUUUGAAAUACAAAACUUUGAAAGAAAAGAAAAAAUGAAAACCCUAGAUAGUUAAAUUCGUAAUUAUUAAAUAACUAACGAUGGAAGCAAACCAAAACAAAACAAAAACAUACUAAGUGUAAAUACUAGCCGAAUUGUUUCGCACCCCACCCUAUUAAUGAUUCUAUAAUUAAUUGCGUUGUUUCUCUUGUAAAACGUUGUUCUCUCUUCGAAAAAUGAAAAUGAAAACUCUUAUCCCUUAUGAUAACGUGCGUGAGGCGCACACGAAACUAAUAAUCGCAUGUAAACUAUGAAUUAACUACUAAUUAGCUAUAACGAGUAAUAAGAAAAUAAACAAUGAGCUUUUGUGAUUUGCGGUACCGGUGUGUGUGUGGACGGCGAAAGUUGGGUGCAGGAAAACUAAUAAGUACUACAUCGUGUGUUGUUUGUGUAUAUUACCUAACCAAGAAUUUAAACAAUUGUAACUGUAUAAAUAUGCACAGCUCGGAGGAUAAUCAAUAAUCGUAAAAUAAUAAUUGCCGGCCAUUUGAAGUAAAAACUUAAACAAAAUAUAAAGAAAAACACUACCGAAUGCGAAUUAUUGUACAAAUCAGUACUAGUGAACAGUACUUUUUAGCUGAACAAAAGAAACUAAAACUAAAACGAACACAUAUGACAUUUAACAAAUAACAAUGAUAAGACACGUGUAGCUAGUCAUUAAAUUUUAGGCUAAUUGAUGCAGAUGAUGAUGAUGAUGAGUGGAGAUAAGAUGGUUAUCAAAGGUUUGAAUUUAUGUUGCGCGAUUUUGACUACGCUUUGAGUUCUAGGCUAAAUCAGGAAAUGAAUAUGUGUACAAAGAUAUUUUUUGUAUAUAGGGACAAAAAGUCUGUCACAAAACCCAGCUGCUCUUGCCUUUGCUCUCUCUGAAUCUCACCACGCUAUGUAUUUGUUUAUUUGUUAUCGCACUUUUGUAUCGAGUGUACGGAUUACGUAGUGCACCAGUUUGUGUUGUGAGUUGCGAGUUUUGUUUCUUCGUUAUUGCGACUCGGAGCGACACGUUCGAUUGGAUUAUUAUCAGAUUAUUGUACUUACACACUAAGAUAAAUAAUUGAUAUGUCAUAAGUGCUUGUAUAUAUAAUAUUGUGAUAAAUAAUAAUUAAUUAAUUUGA